UUUAAAGAGAAAAUGUGUGGAAAACGGGUGCAUGCAUGAAAUUAAAAUAUAUUUUGAUAUUUUUAAUUCAGUGCUGUUGUCAUCGACAAACCACCACAAUUUUCAUGAGACGCCUAACGUCAUAGUUUUUGUUGAUUGUUUUUGUUUUUUAUACAAUUGGUUUGUUUUGAAUAACAAACACGAGGGUGAAAGAACGCGACGUGGUUUUGGAGCCUCUCUCUGGCUCAGCUAGGCCUCUACUCACUCUCUCUGUUUCGCUCUCUUCAUCUGAAGACGGUGGCUCGCGAAAGCUAUUUGUUUAACAACACACUGACAUCGAGUCGUCUUUCGGCACUUGUUGUUGGUCUCUGUUGAUUCUGUUUUUUUUUUUGGUUUUUUUUUUCGAUAAAUUACUUGUGGCAGAACGUUAACCAUCUGUGCUGCUGAUCUGGCAUUGCCCGCGGCCAGUGGCACGUUUAACGACAUCGUGUGAUUCCUGAUGAGCAGCAAACCGUUAGACAAAAUGAAUGGACGCACGAUACGUAUCAAUCGGGUGCCAGCUACCAUAACGGCUAUCCUGCUGACCAUUGUGCUUGUCUACUUUCUCAACUACCACAAGGAUGAGCGACCCGCCAUUUAUGGCAUGCUGCGCAGCGACAACAAAGUAAAUCUGCGCAAAAUGCUUAUCGCAGCUAUUCAGGCGGCCCAGCGUGGCGGGCUCGAGGUGCUGGAUGUGGCGCAUUCGCGACAGCUUAAGGAGCGCAGCAAAGGCAAAACAGCCGAAGGUGUCAACGAUCCAUUUACGGAUGCGGAUGGCCGUUCGCAUUGUGUGAUGAAGCAGGGCUUGCAACGUAUCUUUCCACGUGUCCACAUCUUCUCCGAGGAGGACAAGGAGCAAUGCAAAGAUGCGCACAGCUUCGACCUAGAUCCCACGGUGCUCCACGAAACGGCCAUUGUGCCCGAUGUGGCAGUCACGGCGCAGGACGUAACCAUUUGGAUAGAUCCACUGGAUGCCACCAAGGAGUUUACAGAGGAGCUUUACGAGUAUGUAACGACCAUGGUGUGCGUUGCCGUCGCCGGUCGCCCAGUGAUUGGUGUCAUACACAAUCCCUUCAGCGGUCAGACCGCCUGGGCUUGGGUUGGCCACAGCAUGUCCGAGUACCUGGAUGAAUUGCAUAAGCAGCCACGCCUGCAAUCUGAUCAGCCCGUCAUCACUGUCUCCCGCUCGCAUGCUGCCGCCGUCAAGGAUGUGGCGCGCAAUGUGUUCGGUGAGCAGGUUAGCUUGCUGACAGCUGCCGGUGCCGGCUAUAAGGUGCUCCAAGUGGUGGCUAACAAUGCAACCGCCUAUCUGCAUAGUUCCAUCAUCAAAAAGUGGGACAUCUGUGCCGGUGAGGCCAUAUUACGUGCCCUUGGUGGCGCCAUGACUACCCUUGACGACGAGCCCAUCAACUAUGGCCCCAACGAUUCGCCGGUAAAUACAGGCGGUCUGUUGGCCAGUUUAGAACAGCAUGAGGAGUACAUGGAGCGCAUCUCCAAAUACCGGUCCGCGCACAAUGGCAAACUUAGGUAAUGAAGAAUGCGUCAUCAUCCCAAUCCCUGGAAUCUCUGCCGGCAGCUGCAUAGUCUUAAGUUUAAGGUUAAAAGGAAUCCGAAAACCGGUUUGUGCUUUGAUUAGCUUUCAUUUGAGCGGGGUCAUGAACCCGGUUGCGUCAACAAUGAAUGAAAAUAAUUUUCAAUUCUGUUUAGCUACAUAAAUAAUUAAAUAAAUGACUGAUAAGCGAUUUGCGGUCCGCGAUUUCGUUGUUGUCUGCUCAACAACUGUCAAAUGUGAAUUUUCUUUUACGAUAUGCGUGUAAAAUAUGUUAAUUGACGUUCAUUCUCUU